UUCGGCGUCUUCGCUACUCUCCGCCAGCGGAGCCCCAACAGGACCAACCCUCCCCGCCGGCGCCGCCGCUCGCGCAGGCAGGCGCGGGCGAUGUACAAGCUCGGCGGCGGCCGUGGCGCCGGGCGCGGCGGCGGCGGCGGCGCCAAGCGCCCGCCCGCGCCCCACGGCCGCGGCCGGGGCGCCUCCUCCUCCAUGGGCAAGGGCCCGCCUCCCCGCGGCCGCGCCGCCGCCGCCGCCGCGGCCUCGGCGGCGGCCGCCGCCCAGGCAGCCGGGCGCGAGGAGUCCUUCAGCCUCGAGUCCAGCGGCCCGCCCGCCUUCGCGGCAAUCAUAAGGCUCACCCCCGACCUCGUCGACGAGAUCCGGCGGGCGGAGGAGGCCGGCGGCGGCGCCCGCAUCAUGUUCAACUCCAGCAUCAACCCUGCGGAGAACGUUAUCGAGGUUGAUGGUAAAGAAUUCAAUUUUGCAUGGGCAUCCGAACGGGGUGAGUUAUGUGAUAUUUAUGAAGAACAACAGAGUGGAGAGGGUGGAAAUGGCUUGCUUGUGGAACGUGGAUCUGCUUGGCGCAAGGUGACUGUGGACCGCACUUUGGAUGAAUCAGCAAAGAACCUUGUGAAAGCGCGCUCAGAGGAGGCUGAACGUCUCGCGAAAUCUCGAAAAUCAAUUGUGCUGGACCCUGGGAAUCCAUCUGUCAGGAAUCAGGCCAAGUCAAUGGUUGCAGCCGGAGAAGGUAAUAUGCGGAGGGGGAAAUGGAACCAGAAGAAGGACAAUUUCAAUAAGAAGCAAGCUACUGUCAUUCCAACCAAAUCAAUUUCUAAAGUAAAGCUGCCUAACAGUAUUCCCAAAGGAAGUAUCUCGACUUCACCUGUGCCUUCUCCUGAGCAACCUGGACCAAGCAUUCAUUCAUUUCCUGUUGGGUCAGAUGCAAAUAAUGAAGUCAUAGUACCUUUUGAUUUGAAUAAAGAGGAAAACAAUAAAUUUGAGAAAGCAACACCAAAUAGGAUCUCUCGAGGACUAAAUCAUGGGGCAGGUUCUGUUUCUGCAAGUGUUGAGGAUAAUACAACUGAUUUGCGAAGCCUGCUGAUAUCUACACUCUCAGAAAAUCCAAAAGGAAUGAAUUUAAAGGCCUUGGAGAAAGCUGUUGCAGAUGCAAUUCCAAAUGCUUCAAAGAAAAUAGAGCAUAUCCUUAAGAAUGUUGCAGAUUGCCAGUCAUCAGGGAGAUAUUUGCUGAAACCUGAACUGGAAGUAGAAAACUCUAAUCAUGCAUCUGGCAGUGGAAGGACUAUCGAUGAGAACAUCGAAGAAAUUGCUCCAAGCUUAAGCAUAGAUGAUCCUGAUAUUGAGAAGAUUGAAAUUGGGGGCUCCCCGGUUUCAGCUGCAGGAGACGAAAAGGUCAAUGACAGUGAUGGCAAAGCAGGUAGCUCUAGUGAGAGUGGAAGUGAUAGUGAUAGCGACAGUGACAGUAGUGGCAGUGGAAGUGAUAGUGGCAGUCAGAGUAGAAGUGCUGGCAGUGGCAGUGGGAGCAGCAGCGACAGCGAUAGUGAUGCUUCAUCAAGCAGCAAAGAAGGAUCUGAUGCAUUUGUGGAUAUUACAAGUGAUGAUAACAAGCCAGAUACAGCACGUAGGAAAGUAGCAGAUGAACUGAAGUUGUCUUCCUCGCCAAGAGAUUUCCCAACAUUUGAUGGCGAUGAUGAGCAAAUUGAUAUUGGAACAAAUCUCGAUUAUAAGAGCACAUCAUCACACAUUGAUCUGAAUAAUUUGAAUGUCGACAAUGAUGAGCCGGCAUAUGCCGCUACAGCAACUGAGAAAUUCGGUGCAAGCAAUGUAGACAUGCCAUCAGAAUUUCCAGAAAGCGAAAACAUGGUGAGUACCAGGUUAGAUCCAAGUAUAGUUGAUGGCGAAUAUCCUGCAAACAAAAUGUCUUAUGAGGACAAUUAUUUUGAUGACCCCUUAGCAGUGAGUAGUGAGAACAUACCUAAUGAAGAAGCUAUUCAGUUCACGGAGCAGCAUGGUAGCAGAAGAAAGUCAACCUCAAAGGAUGGAACAAACCAUGUGCCCACAAGAAUAUCAGAGAAAGGUGCCAAACCCACCUUGAAAAGGUUUCCGGGUGAUGAGAAUGCUAUUACAAAGCCAGAAAGUGCCAAAAAGGCCAAGGUUGACUUUGCCUAUUCAGGAGCUACAGGUUCUUUAUCAGCACAGAGACAGAACUUGCCUCCUGACAAACAUAUCAAUGAGAGGUCAAGCAAGGAGACAGGGAAUGUUGGAUGGGACACACAUACUGAGCUACAGGUACAAGAUAUUAGUCCUAAGGAAGGAAGGCCUGUGACUCCUGGAGAUCUACAAAAGAUAAAUCAGAGCCAAAAUCUGCCCAUCCCAACUCACUCUGAAGGAAAACAAGAAAAGAUCAUGAAAACAAGCUCUAAGAAGAAACUAGAUAAGGUGCAGAAACCUUUGAAUAGUAUGGAUGGCAGCCCUGGGAAUGUCAAUUUUGACAACACUGAUGAUUCUGCUGCAAGAAAAAGGGGUAGGCAUGGGGGAUCUUCUCUUGAUGGGAAAAAGCACAAGCGCUCAAAGGAUCCUAAUAUUGAUACAAAUCCCAUGAAUUUGACCAAAGGUGUCAGAGGAAAUGUUAACCACAACAUGAUGAUGUCUCUUCCUGAAUGCGCUGAAACUAAUGGCAAGCCACCAAUUUUGCAAAGAAACAGUGCUGAGAAAUCAUCUCCAAAAAAGGUGCUCCAGAGAGAGCAUUCUGAUCUCGAGUUGGGUGAACUUCGUGAGUUUCCUUUGGAAAAUGACAACGGGAGGACAAGGAAACAACUUGAGAGAAAUAGUUCUUCUAAGUCGCUUGAUGGUAAAGCAACUAAUGUAGAUAAUUUCUACCCCAAUAUGAAUACCAGGAAGGUUGCUCUAUCUGCUUCCCAUGAUCAGAGGAAACCAUCACCGCAAGAAUUUAAUACUGGAGGUAAUAUAAACCAGGAAGGAUUCCCAAGGAAGACAGCCGGAUACGACUUUGAUAAUAAUAGGUCUCAGCAUAGAGGAAAUGUUUCACAGGGUCGGCAAUUGCCAAGGACUGAUGAUUCAGAUUCAGAGAACGUAUUAUAUCCAGACAGAUUGAUAGAGAAAACAGGCAAAAGAGAAACAAAAAUGGCACAGGGUGGAAUGCUAGAUCAUGUAGAUCCGAAGAAGACUACUCCCAAGCUUCCUCAGAAUGGUACCAAGAAUGGCAUAGAGUGUAGAACACGGAAAUCAAUUUCACCUGCAGAAAAUGAGGAAAGAAGUAGGAAUAACUCUUUGAUAGAGACUGAGACAGGUAGGAAGAGAAGAGACAGUUCUUCGGAAGAAGACAAUCUAUUCUUUAAGAAGUACGAUAAAGCUAAGCCAGAACUGAAAGGUCCAAUAAAAGAUUUUUCACAAUACGAAGAUUAUUUGCAGGAGUACAAUGAGAAAUAUAAGGUCUACUCUUACUUGAACAGUCAGAUAGAGAAAACACAGUCUGAGUUCCUAAAGGUUCAGGAGGAUUUCAAUGUUGCCAAAGAAAGAGACAAGGAUAAGUACUAUAACAUUGUUGACAGACUCAGAGACAUGUACCAUGAAUCGGGAACAAGGCAUAAAUUGAUGAAGAAGGUCUUCGUAUUGCUUCAUGAAGAAUUGCAGAGUAUCAAGCAAAGAAUGAAGGACUUCGCAAAGGACUAUUGGCAUUCGCAACUGUUUUUUCAGAAGCUGUUACCCAGCAUCUACUCUGAAAAAUGUCAGGAACCUCGCUUCAUGCUUUGCCUUUCUAAGAAAGGAGUCCCUGGUUUGAACAUUCAGAUAAGGCAUUCAUCAGGUGACGGAAAGCUCACGGUUUCAUCAAUUGUUCUGCUGAAUUUCCUAGUGAUCACAGUCACAGCAGCAACAAUCGAGGGUGAUGCGGUGUGGCAGCCGGCGCCGGAGAUGGAGAUGGACGCGACGGAGAGGCUGCGGUGGCGCUUCUCGGACGGCGGCCUCACCGAUCUGCUCGACGCCCGCAGCCUCCACGGCUCCCCCGACAUUGGAAAGAGAAUGCAGUUCCAUUCUUCUCUAGUACAAAGGCUUGCUUUAGAAAAGGAGAUUGAGGGUCACGUAGGUUGCGUGAAUGCUAUUGCAUGGAACUCAAGUGGCUCACUUCUGAUAUCAGGAUCAGAUGACACUAGAGUCAACAUCUGGAAUUAUGCUAAUCAAGAGCUGUUGCAUGAAAUUGAUACUGGACAUUCAGCAAAUGUAUUUUGCACAAAAUUUGUACCGGAAACAUGUGAUGAAGUAGUAGUUUCAGGAGCAGGAGAUGCUGAGGUUCGUGUUUUCAAUUUGUCUCGUUUAAGUGGCACAAGGCCUAGGGAGAUUUCCAUGGAGCCAGCUGCAGUUUACCAAUGUCACUCAAGGAGGGUCAAGAAACUAGCUGUCGAAGGUGGCAACCCUAAUGUAGUGUGGAGUGCAAGUGAGGAUGGUACUGUAAGACAGCAUGAUUUUAGGGAAUGCAGUUCCUGUCCUCGUGCAGGAUUGGUUAAUCAGGAAUGCCGUAACGUGCUUCUAGAUCUACGAUGUGGAGGAAAGAAGUCUUUAGCUGAUCCUCCCAGACAACCGCUGUCGUUUAAGUCUUGUGAUAUAAGCUCAGUUCGUCCCCAUCAGCUCCUUGUUGGUGGGAGUGAUGCGUUUGCCCGGCUGUACGAUAGGAGAAUGCUUCCACCAUUGAGCUCAUGUCAAACAAGAAGGAAGCCACCGCCUUGUAUAAAAAUGUUCUGUCCAUUGCACCUUGCUGAGAAUAGGAAGUCAAAUUUGCACCUUACCCAUGUUGCGUUCAGCCCGAAUGGGAAUGAGGUUCUUUUGAGUUACAGUGGUGAACAUGUAUAUCUAUUUGAUGUCGACCCAGACAAUACGAGUCCAGUGAGAUACACAGCAGAUGAUGUACGUGAUCAGUUAUGUUUACUGCCUUUUCACAAGGAACCAAGAAAACAAAAGUCAAAACGGGAUAAGUUUCCAGCUAAGAGAAAUUUGUGUAGGGUAGAUAUGUUGAAGAAACUUAUGCAAGUCGUGAUAAAAUCUCUGGAGACUGGCACAAACCUAAUGCAUGGCAUUGAAGCAUGCUGUGAAAUACUUGAGGCCCUGGAAUCUGAUAUUGAUGAUAGCACGAGACAUGAUUGUUUGUGUACCCGUGCAGGAUUGUACCUAAAGCGGAGGUGGAAAAAUGAUGUUUACAUGGCUAUUCGGGAUUGCAACGAAGCAAGGAGUAUUGACUUUGCAUCGUUCCAGGCACACUUGUUCAUGGCUGAUGCACUGUUACAGUUAGGAAGACUGAAGGAAGCAUGUGAAUAUGCAGAAGCUGCACAUAGUCUUGUUCCACCAAAUUCGGUGUCUGCGGAACAGGUGGAAAAUAUAAAGAAGCGACUUGCUGCUGCUGAACUUGAGAAAAAUAAAAAAGAUCAACAAGGAAAUACUAACACUGAUGCGCGGCAUGGACGGUUACGGUCAUUGAGUGAUCUACUGUUCAGAUCAGAUGUUAGUGGGUCAUCAUCACAGGAGGGCCGAGAAGAUUCAGAUUACGAUGAUGAGAUGGAGUUAGACUUUGAUACAUCAGUAUCGGGUGAUGAAAGCCGUGAUAGUGAUCCAGGUGCUGUUCGAGGUAGCUUACGUCUAAAAUUGCACCGAAGAGAGGACAAAACUAAUGAGCAGACUGUUGGGAAUGGAUCAGCUGAGUCCACUUGUAAUGGCGAUUCUGCCUAUGAGCCGGAUGUUGCCAUUGAUAUGAAACAAAGAUAUGUUGGGCACUGCAACGUGGGGACAGAUAUAAAGCAAGCUAGCUUUCUUGGUGAACAAGGGGAAUUUAUUGCCAGCGGAAGUGAUGAUGGUAGAUGGUUCAUAUGGGAGAAAAGAACAGGAAGGCUUGUUAAAAUGCUUGCAGGGGAUGGAGCUGUUGUGAACUGUAUACAGUCUCAUCCCUAUGAUUGUGCUGUUGCGACGAGUGGAAUUGACAAUACAAUAAAGUUAUGGACACCGGACGCAGAAGGUACUUCUAUGGUUGAUGGACCAGAAAUUGAUGUGUUAAGUGCCAUAGAGAACAAUCAGAAGAAGUUAUGCCGCAACCGUGAAACUUUGUUGCCCUUUGAGUUUUUGGAACGAUUUGGGGCGCAUGAAUUUGCUGAAGGAAGCUUGCAUCCUUUAGAGUGUGCGCAGACUUGAUAUACUAUUGCUUGGGUUGCUGAGGAAAAGGGCGAGGGGCAUUUAAUCCAAGACACAAGCAACCAGUGUUUAGGUAAAAAUGAGAUUGCAAGGUCGUGCUGCAAUCAUAGCCAGUGUUUCGCACACCUGCUUAGAUAAUAUUGCAGGUGUGCCGUGUCGGUAUUGAGUUGUUGCUUGACAGUAAAGGCUGUUUGUUGGUGCAUUCACUUGUACAGAUUGUAGAAAAGCGAAGUCUUGUAAUAAGUAAAUCAUCUGUACAUGCUUCCAUAAUAGUGACGUUUUUCUGGUUU